UUUAAUUAUAAAUACCCUGGCUGUUCUAUUGAUUCCUCUACCAUUCAAUCCAAGUCAUUCAUUCAUUCAGUACUCAAUUAUUCACUCCUUAGUCUUUUUCUGUCAUUCACUUAUCAUCUCGUCUACUUUACACACUCUUUAAAAUGUGGUCCAAAUCCAUCUCAGCCAAAAACGGCUUCGCCUUGGUCUCAUUGCUCUUGACCACCCGCAUCUCGGCGGCUGCUGUACCGUCUGGUCCGGUCUCUGUCUCUGUUACGCCAUCCUAUGUGGCCGAUGUUGCAGAGAACACACACAUCUCGACCAUCGGAGCAGAUGGAGAGACGGCCCUCGUUCCUGUUGUGGGCGGUCCUGAGUGCUAUUUCUGCCCUCAAGAAGAAGAAAACAACCAGACCAUCGGUGGAUGGGCCUUGCUGGGCAUCAGCGGUGCAGGCACCUAUCUCCCAUCCGCCGUAUCUGAAUUCACCGAGCCGAUCCCUGUCAUCACCGUCUCUACCAACGGAGAUCCAACCUAUGUCCCCUCGAAGACUACUCGGCAGCCAGCCACCGAGGUCAAACGGGCUGAGACCCCAACCGUUUCCGACGCAAAGUAUAGAAUCCUGGAGGCGGCCUUGGGCAAAAGGCCGGAGGUGGGAAAGGCUUAUGCUCUCAAGCAAAAGAAUGUCCUAACCACCGUCCUCGGCGUUGAUGUUCCCUCGCACUACCUGUUGGUCGCCGGCACUGUUAAGCAGACAUACGAAAGUUUGAUGGGUAGCUAUGAACUGACCUUCGACGGUUAUUGCUACGACAUUCGCCGCACAGGUUCGAAGGAUCAAUAUAUCACCUUCAAUAACCGCUGCGGCACGGCCGCAGCCACUAGUUGGUACCAGAAGGAGGAUGAAGCUAAGUUUGAGCUCCUUGGUGAGAUCAAAGCGAGCCUAACCCCGACCGACAUCAACAAUAUCGGAAAGGAGGUUUCCAAAGAGAUGGAAAAGAAGAAUUACGGCACCUUUACGAACAAUUGCCGUCAUUUUGUCAUGAAGUUGUAUGCGAAGAUUAAGGCUUGAUCGGCUGCUACAGCUCGGGCUACCAGUGUACCAGGACUGCCUCAUCAUAUUGUUUGUUGGGAUACAGUCUUCGUUCCGUCGAUUCUCCAGAUGCCAGCGGUAUAUCGUUUUGGCCUACUGGUAUGAACGUGACAUUGUUUUAUAUUC